GAUCGAAUAAAAUUAGUGUCCUUACUGGUUAUAUAAUUGUUUAAAUCAAAUAAAUGACCAAAUUCCCUGGUUAAAAAAAAAAAAAAAAAGUUGAAAAUUUUCUAUAAAAAUGGAGAAAGGUUAAAACUAUGUACGUAAGCUAAUUAAAUGACGUAUUAUAUGAACAAAACCCAAUAUCAGAGCAAUAUAUUCCUGUUUAUUACGUGUUAAUAUCGCCAACAGAUUGGUGAUCAGUGAUUGGUCACGGGGGAAAAUAGUGAUCAGUGAUUGGUCCUUGUGUGUGUCCAGCAGCUUUGGACCGAACCUCACUCUCCUCGUACAGCCAGCAGCUGGACAGUUGGGAAAGUCUGCUCAACAGGUCGCUAGACUCAUUUUCUCUAAUAAAAUCACUAAAAGGGUCUAAGUACUGUUACCAAAUCUAGCAAGGCUGUACAGCCUUAAUAUAAGGCUGUACAGCAAUAAUAUAAACAUCUAGCUCUCCCGUUUGAAGGCGCAGACUCUUCCUGUGGUUACCAAUCACCAACCGCUUCUGCUUUUUUAAACCCAGUUUUCAGUUUCGCUUUGUCUAAAAGUUGACUCCAAGAACUGAAGAAAAAAAAACCUGAAGACAAAAAUGCGUCAGUACUUAAUGCUGUUUCUCAUCUUUCCAAUGCCUGAUGUGUUGUCAUUGCAAGUCCCAUGUACAGUAAACCAGGAAGAGGGUGUCGAGUAUCGUAAAAUAACCUGGUAUAAGGUGUCAGUCAGUUCAGGCUCAUUGGUGGGUCUUGUAAUGAAAGACAUCCACACUAACACAACACACCUUUACAAGUUUGCCAAUCACUCAUAUCAAGUCGGGAAUGAUCUGUCACUGCUGCAUGUGCCUGAGUGCAGCCAGGAUGAGUGUGAGAUGUAUCGCUGCUGUGUGUGGCCACCUGUUGGACAUCGCAUUCUGCAGAGUGACUACAGCCUACCACAAGGUUGCCAGAGCAAUGAUGUUGGAAUGACAGAAUUAUCUUUUCAGUUACAAGGAGGUGGCGUCUUCUUGCUGCUGGGCUCGAGAACCCUUGAAGUCCUUUCUCUUUCUCUGAAGAAGUUGGUAACAAAGGAAUUCACUCUUGAAGUAAGGUAUACGAUUCGUCCUUUUUAUGGACUUCGGUUUAUUAAAGAACAAAAGGAUUACAAAUAUCUUAACUCAGAAUAUAAAGCAAAAAUAAAGAACAACUGUAGACUACGCAGAGUCUGAUAAUGGUUUUCUUUUUAGAAGAAAUUAAAACGAGUAAGUCUUCACCCAAGGAAAUGGCAACUAAACACUUGCCUUUCCUCGAUAUUUGUACGUUUUUUGAGUGUGGUCCUGUGCACUAGGGUCCAGGCUAGCACACAAAACCACCAUGCUUUCUUUAACGUCACAGAAUGGGGUUACAUGUUCUGGCGUUGAAGUUACCUGUAGAGGUACCUGUACAUGAUGCAUGCCCUUAUUUGGGCUUAACAGAGAGACACAAUGGACAGGAGAUUGUGGUAUAGAGCUCUAAUUUUGAAGCCGUGUGCAGAAAACAGGAUGUAUGCUUUUACUUGGUCCGUUUCAGUUUUAUUUCUAAGCGCCCUAGCGCCUUUUCUAAUUCAUCUACGUGUUUGGUAAAGGCAGAGGGCCUGGGUUCUGUACUACAAUCACAAGUGGCUCUUUUUAUUUCUUCUGUAUACCUUUGCCCAUAUCUCUGAUUUAG